AUUCUGUCUACAUAUCAUCAUCAUUAUCAUUCAUCACGGCACUUUCUCUGCUGCUAUUACACGAGCUCUUUCUCUCUUUAGCUCUCUGUCCUGAACUCUCGCUCUGUUUCAAUUUCUUCCCUGUUUUUAUCCUUUUGCAUUGUGCUACUCCAUAAACAGAGUAUCAAGCAUAAAUUAACCUUCGCCAAAUUGAAAUCCAACCUGCUCGAAUCAUCUCCAUUUCCUAUCAUCAUCAACUCAGCAAUUACCGCACCUUUCUGUUUCUAGGGCUGAAUAAUCUCUGUUCCUGGUGAUGCAUGAAAGACAAUCGAAAUACUCCUCUGUUUGUUUAAAUUUGCUGGAUGGGGCGGGGCGGUGUUAGUUGGGGACUGGUGCUGCCUCCGGGCGUGUCUCCGGCGGCCGGUGGCGGCCCGGACAGGGACGAUCAGUGGCGGAAUUUUGACAGCUCUGUAAAUGCAGUUUCGCUCGGAUUCGUUGCGACUGCUAUUCUGAUUUUAAUGUUCCUUGUAAUGGCCAUUUUUGAGAGGCUACUACGCGGUAGAUCAUCCACAUCCCCGUCCGGCGACUCAAAUCACAUUACUAUUCAAUCAAAGCUCGGUUUUCCAUCCCCAGAAAUGACAGUGUAUGCUAGAGGAGUGUCAGUGUUGAUGCCGGGGGAAGACGUUCCCACCUUCAUCGCCCACCCUGUCCCGCCGCCUUGCAAUCACCAGCAAAUAGCACCACCAACAAUAUCGGCCUCCACCCAUAGUUGAUCUUAUCCAAAGUGAAAUUGAAUGAAACUUUUUAAUAACUUUCCUUAGCUAGCUAGUCAGUCUCAACUAUAUUAUAUAUGUCUAACAUGAUUUAGGCAGUUUCUACAGCUUCUGUUUGAAAAAUAAUACAAGCAGUACUAAUAAUAGGUCCUUACAUAUAAGAACUGAAGCUUUUAGAACUCAAGUUUAGAUGUAUAAGUGAGAAUUCACCUAUUCUAUUUGAGAGGUGAAAUAAUAAGGGGUGUUCGUCGGUUCGGUUUGGUCGGUUCGGUUUGGUCGGUUUUUUUCCGGAAAAGCUGAAACCGUAAACCGAACCGCACUACUUGAGUCGGUUUUGGUUCGGUUUCGGUUCGGUUAAUAUCGGUCGGUUCGUGUCGGUUUCGGUUAGUUUUAGCUUGUUUUUGUCGGUUUUUGUCGGUCGGUUUCGGUUCGGUCGGUUUUUUAACCCCAAAGGUGAAACCGUAAACCGAACCGCCAAUGUUUAAUCGGUUUGAGUCGGUUUCGGUUUGAGUCGGUUUCGGUUUUGGUCGGUUCGGUUUCGGUCGGUUUGUCGGUCGGUUUCGGUUUUUCGGUUUUUUUGUUCACCCCCCCUAUGAAAUAUAACUAGUAAUUGACCUUAUCAUUUACAGUUGAUGUCUGUCAUGUGUGAUGUUUAUGACAAUACUAAUUUUAACACGCGCGUUGCGCGAUUGAAUAAGUGCUCAAUACAUUACUUUUGUUAAAUACUAUCGUAUAUGAUUCUAAUAUUUGGGAC